AUGGCAUUCUUCAAGACAUUAGUUCUAGGAACACUGGGCUUGGUACCAGAAGUGCUGGGAGCUAAUCUACUCGCAUCGCACUAUACCGGCAAGAUCUUCUCGCUCUCUUUAACUGGCAAAGGCAGCAAUGCUACCUUAGUCAAUAAGUCAUCCGUGUCAGGAUGUGGAACACUACCUGCUUGGCUGCACGUGGACUCAAGAGUAGUAUAUUGCGUCGAUGAGGAUUGGAAUGGAAGUGGUAUACUUGCCUCUUACUCUGUAGAGUCGGACGGUAGCUUGAAGCAAACUGGACAAAUCGUAACUUCAGGCGCUAGCGUUCACGGCACGCCAUAUGGUGGUAAGGAUGGUAACGGCUUCAUCGCCACGGUCGAAUAUGACCCAUCAACAUUGACGAGGUACAAGCUUCCCCUCUCUGAGGCUUCAACCGUCCUGGCGCAAUCCAAGUUCAACAUGUCCGAGCCUGGUCCCAACUCGCGACAGAAUGCGCCUCACCCACACGCUGCCCAGCUUGACCCAUCCGGAAAAUACCUUAUCGUGCCGGACUUGGGCGCGGACUUAAUCCGCAUCUUUAGCAUUGACGCCGAAACGGGUGACCUUACGGCGUGCGAGCCGGGCGUCGCUGGCGCAGGCGACGGGCCGCGCCACGGUGCCUGGUGGGCGCCUACAGCCGGUUCCACGGACGGUCAGAGGCUAUACACGGUGAAUGAGCUAGGUAACUCGGUAUCUUCCUGGACUGUAUCCUACCCUGACGGGGGGUGUUUAUCCCUCAAGAAGAGCCAAACGCUAGCCACGUACGCCGAAGGUAGUGCAGCACCUAACGGCUCUAAGGCUGCCGAAGUUCACGUCUCGGGUAACUUUCUCUACGCAGCCAACCGAGCGGAUGAGACGUUCGGUCCCCAAAACGAUUCCCUAGCCACAUACAGCAUCGACCCUAGCUCUGGUGACAUCAAGUUCGUCGAGGCCACCCCCGCGCACGCCUGGUUCCCUCGCACAUUCUCGAUCAACAAGGCCGGCGACCUCGUCGCUGUCGGUGGACAGACGAGCAGCAACGUAGCUAUCAUCGCACGCGACCCCGAGACAGGCAAGCUAGGUGACCUCGUAGCUAACCUACCGGUUGCGACACCUGGCACUCCCCAGCAAGAAGAUGGGUUAAGCGUUGUUGUUUGGGUCGAAUAG